AUGAUGUCCAUCGGACAAGACGUGCAGGAGAAGUUAAGAGCGGCCCAGAGAAACCAUGAACGCAAGAGGAUGGAGCUGAAGGCAGCACAGGAUGAGUUAGAAGAGGUCAAGGCUACGUACCACACUUGGGAGGCAGAUAUCCAUGCCGAGACAGAAAAGGCCGACAAGAUCGCGGAAAGCCUCAAACAGGUCAAGCUCCAUAAAGAACACCAUGAUUUCUUGGAAAGACUAAUCAGAGGUGGCCCCAUGACGACAAAGAAACUUAUUGAUGCUGAGAAAGAUGUUGGACUAAACUUUGAAACUGAGAAUGCCACUGAUGAGGUGUGGUUUCCCAUACAAUUUCGACCGCGCACCGGAUUGAAAUCCUUACGGGGUCUCCGCACCCUACUUAUCAUCACGGAAACGGCAAAUCAAAACAAUAUACCACUCGACUCACUCUGGAGACCAGGUGGUGCCCUUUACCGCGCCCUCAAUCAGACCACCCACACCCUCUUAUCGAAACAGUCAAGGGUGGCUCUUGAGUUCCUACAACAAGACUUACUUCCUCGUCAGUUAGAUGCCCUACAGUCAGCCUCUGGGGCUCCUGACAAUCAGCCUGCGAACGAUUCUGGUCAAAACGAUACAGCUAGCACCAUGGACGAUGGAAAUACCAAUACAGAAAACCCCACAAACAAUCAAGAUACCAAUACCGAAAACCCAACAGACGAGGUUAACCGCUUCGCGAUCGAUUACAUACUUAAUCCCGAUGAGCCCGCCGCCGAGUAG